AAGGAAUAUUUUAAAUAUUUUUUAUAGACUAAUAAAUAAAUAAGUAGUAUGACUUUCCGGUAGGUUCUUUAUCUCUCUGCCAUUACCAUCCCAUGUAUGCUUUCCUCCUGUUCCUCCACUGGACCUCACACCCAUCUCCUCUACGUCCAAUUAUUCUCUCAGUAUUUUUUGUCUAAGAAUAUAAAACGAAAAAACAAAGCGAGCCAAUAAGCCCUAUGUCUCCGUGAUUGGUCUUUGCAACAAAAGAAGCGAAGAUGAAGAGAGAUCACCAAGAAAGCUGCGGUGUUGUUGGCGGCACUGGUGCUUAUAAUACUAACUCCGGUGACAAUAGAGGCGAAUCUUCGUCGUCAAUGGGUAAAGGAAAAUUAUGGGAAGAAGACCAAGAUCCUGGAGGUAUGGAUGAAUUGCUUGCCGUUUUGGGUUACAAGGUCCGCUCAUCGGACAUGGCGGAUGUUGCGCAGAAGCUUGAACAGCUUGAGAUGGUAAUGGGUACGGCUCAAGAAGAUGGGAUUUCGCAUCUUUCUUCUGAUACUGUACAUUAUAAUCCCUCGGAUCUCUCUGGUUGGGUUCAGAGUAUGCUUUCUGAGCUUAAUCCUCCUAUGGGUCUUGAUGCCUCGGGUAUGAUUCAAAAUCAACGCGAUUCUGUUCUUGGUUCUUCCACAAUUACUUCCUCUAAUCCGCAAUCGCACCAAUCGAUAAUUUUUAGUGAUGACUCUGAAUACGAUCUUAGAGCAAUUCCUGGUGUGGCUGCUUACCCACGACCGGAUUCAGUAUCAGAGAGGGAAAAUAACAGGAAGAGAAUUAAAACCUCACCUGGGCCUGAUUCUGGUAACACUCUCACCUCCAAUUCAAAUUCUACGCCACCUCUAUUAGCUGCCUCUUCUUCUUCUUCUUCCUUUUCAUAUUCCUCACCUGCGUCAACAAUUACGGUUUCGGGUAAUUUAUCGGAGCCAAGUCGGCCGGUAGUCCUAAUUGACUCGCAAGAGACUGGAGUUCGUCUAGUGCACACGCUCUUGGCUUGUGCAGAAGCAGUUCAACAGGAGAAUCUUAAGCUUGCAGAGGCACUUGUGAAGCAUAUAGGCUUACUUGCUGCUUCUCAAGCCAGUGCUAUGAGAAAAGUGGCUACUUACUUCGCCGAGGCCUUAGCUCGUCGAAUUUACAAAAUCUACCCACAAAAAUGUCUCGAUCCUUCGUAUUCUGAUACGUUAGAGAUGCAUUUCUACGAGACCUGUCCCUACCUGAAAUUCGCCCAUUUCACAGCUAAUCAAGCAAUUCUUGAAGCUUUUACUACUGCAAGUAGAGUUCAUGUGAUCGAUUUCGGUCUGAAGCAGGGGAUGCAGUGGCCGGCACUAAUGCAAGCGCUUGCUUUACGCCCAGGUGGGCCGCCGGCUUUCCGUUUAACCGGAAUUGGCGCACCGCAGCCUAACAACACCGAUACUUUGCAGCAAGUGGGUUGGAAGCUAGCGCAGUUGGCUGAAACUAUUGGCGUUGAAUUCGAAUUCCGCGGCUUUGUAGCCAACAGUUUGGCGGAUCUCCAGCCGGAAAUGCUCGACCUCCGCCCCCCGGAAGUGGAGACAGUCGCCGUCAAUUCCGUCUUUGAGCUUCACCGCCUCCUGGCUCGACCCGGUGGGAUCGAUAGGGUGCUUUCCUCCAUCAAGGCCAUGAAGCCCAAGAUUGUGACCAUUGUUGAGCAAGAAGCUAACCACAAUGGCCCUGUUUUUGUAGACCGGUUCACUGAAGCUUUGCAUUAUUAUUCCAGCUUGUUUGACUCGUUGGAAGGAUCUGGGUUGGCUGUGCCGAGUCAGGACAUGAUCAUGUCCGAGUUAUACUUAGGGAGGCAGAUAUGCAACGUGGUGGCCUGCGAUGGUGCCGACCGAGUUGAGCGGCAUGAGACCUUGAGUCAUUGGCGGACACGGAUGGAAUCGGCAGGGUUUGACCCGGUUCACAUGGGUUCAAACGCGUUUAAACAAGCGAGUAUGUUACUAGCACUAUUUGCAGGCGGUGAUGGGUAUCGAGUGGAGGAAAAUAAUGGGUGUCUGAUGCUCGGUUGGCAUACUAGGCCACUUAUUGCCACUUCAGCUUGGAAACUCGGUGGUUCGGAAUAGUGAUUUAACUCAAUUCAGGUGGUGAGUUAAUGUUAGCGAGUCAGUGACUCUCAAAACCUCGGGUGUGUGUGAGAGACUUGACAGUGACACGGGAGAGUUAAGAAGUUAUUAAACCAAUCAAGUGUGUAAUUCUAGUACUUCAAUUUACGACUUUUUUUUUUUUCUAAAUGAAUCUUUGAUUUUUUUUUUAAA